AUCGCGCUGUGUUAGCAGUUCGAGGCACAGAAUAGAGAUAUUCUGUGUGGGGAGAGUGGAGCUAGAGAAGGUUUGGGCUGAGAACGCUGUGAUCCUGUUCCAAGAUGAAGGCCGUGUUGCUGUUUUGUGUCCUUCUUGGACUCGUCAUUUCAACCAACGGUGCAACUGUCGAGGAAAACACCAACGAGGUGGCGGAGAAGAGUGUUCCGGAAGAGGUUGAUGUAGGGGAAGAUUCUGCAAGCGAAGAAGAGGAAGACCCAGAAGCUGAAGAGCCCUCUGAAGACGAGGAAAGUGAUGCUACAGAACCGGAAGAGGACAAUGAUGCUACAGAACCGGAAGAGGACACUGAAUUAUCUGAAGACAAUUCUGAGCAAAUAGCAAAAGACGGCUCUGUAUCAGAUCCUUCAUGGCGCAGACGUUCCUGGCGCAGACGUUCUUGGCGCAGACGUUCCUGGCGCAGACGAUCCUGGCGCAGACGUUCUUGGCGCAGACGGUCCUGGCGCAGACGUUCCUGGCGCAGACGGUCCUGGCGCAGACGGUCCUGGCGCAGACGUAGCGGAAAAUAAGCAAAGAACUGGUUGAGAAACUUUUUUGCUCCCUAAUUAUGUUUUCCAUUUUUAAUUUUUGCAUAUUUGAAGCUGUUGACCAAGGUCAAUAGAGAAAGA